CUAUGAGGGAGGCCGAGGACUUGAUGCUCCGGGCAGAGACACGGCGCUGGGACUAGAGAUUGCCACUUCCGAGAGGAUGCUGGGGAUCUGCAGAGGGCGACGGAAAUUCCUGGCUGCCUCUCUGACGCUUCUCUGCAUCCCAGCCAUCACCUGGAUUUACCUGUUUGCUGGGAGCUUCGAAGAUGGCAAGCCCGUGUCCCUGUCCCCACUGGAGUCCCAGCCACACAGCCCCAGGUACACAGCCUCCAGCCAGCGGGAGCGCGAGAGCCUGGAGGUGCGCAUGCGCGAGGUGGAGGAGGAGAACCGGGCACUGCGCCGGCAGCUCAGCCUGGCCCAGGGCCGGGCCCCUGCCCACCGGCGCGGGAACCAUUCCAAGACCUACUCCAUGGAGGAGGGCACCGGGGACAGCGAGAACCUGCGCGCUGGCAUCGUGGCGGGCAACAGCUCUGAGUGUGGGCAGCAGCCGGUGGUGGAGAAGUGCGAGACCAUCCACGUUGCUAUUGUCUGUGCCGGGUACAACGCCAGCCGUGAUGUCGUCACCUUGGUCAAGUCCGUCUUGUUCCAUAGGCGGAACCCACUGCACUUCCACCUCAUCGCCGACAGCAUUGCAGAGCAGAUCCUGGCCACGCUCUUCCAGACAUGGAUGGUGCCCGCCGUGCGUGUUGACUUCUACAAUGCAGACGAGCUCAAGUCUGAAGUUUCCUGGAUCCCCAACAAGCACUACUCGGGGAUUUACGGCCUGAUGAAGCUGGUCCUCACCAAGACCCUUCCUGCCAACUUGGAAAGGGUCAUCGUCCUUGACACAGACAUCACCUUUGCCACUGACAUUGCAGAGCUCUGGGCUGUAUUUCACAAGUUCAAAGGUCAGCAGGUGUUGGGUUUGGUAGAGAACCAGAGUGAUUGGUACCUUGGAAACCUGUGGAAAAAUCACCGCCCUUGGCCUGCCCUUGGAAGGGGCUAUAACACCGGGGUGAUCCUCCUUCUCCUCGACAAGCUGCGGAAGCUGAAGUGGGAGCAGAUGUGGAGGCUGACCGCGGAGAGGGAGCUGAUGGGCAUGCUGUCCACCUCCUUGGCCGACCAGGAUAUCUUUAAUGCUGUCAUCAAACAGAACCCUUUCCUGGUGUACCAGCUGCCCUGCUUCUGGAACGUUCAGCUGUCAGACCACACCCGCUCCGAGCAGUGCUACCGGGACGUGUCCGACCUCAAGGUCAUUCACUGGAAUUCCCCCAAGAAGCUCCGGGUGAAGAACAAGCAUGUGGAGUUUUUCCGCAACCUCUACCUGACCUUCCUGGAAUAUGAUGGGAACUUGCUGCGCCGGGAGCUUUUUGGCUGCCCCAGUGAAGCGGAUGUCAACAGUGAAAACCUCCAGAAGCAGCUCUCAGAGCUGGACGAGGACGACCUGUGCUAUGAGUUCCGGCGAGAGCGGUUCACCGUGCACCGGACCCACCUCUACUUCCUGCACUAUGAGUACGAGCCCGCCUCUGACAACACAGACGUCACACUGGUCGCUCAGCUCUCCAUGGACAGGCUCCAGAUGCUGGAGGCCAUCUGCAAGCACUGGGAGGGCCCCAUCAGCCUGGCCCUCUACCUGUCGGAUGCCGAGGCCCAGCAGUUCCUCCGCUACGCGCAGGGCUCCGACGUGCUCAUGAGCCGUCACAACGUCGGCUACCACAUCGUGUACAAGGAGGGCCAGUUCUACCCCGUGAACCUGCUGCGCAAUGUGGCCAUGAAACACAUCAGCACGCCCUACAUGUUCCUGUCUGACAUUGACUUCCUGCCCAUGUACGGGCUCUAUGAGUACCUCAGGAAGUCUGUCAUCCAGCUUGAUCUCGCCAACACCAAGAAAGCAAUGAUCGUCCCCGCGUUCGAGACCCUGCGCUACCAGCUCUCCUUCCCCAAGUCUAAAGCGGAGCUGCUGUCAAUGCUGGACAUGGGGACACUCUUCACAUUCAGGUACCACGUCUGGACGAAAGGCCACGCCCCCACGAACUUCGCCAAGUGGCGGACCGCCACCACGCCUUACCGGGUGGAGUGGGAGGCUGAUUUCGAGCCCUACGUUGUCGUGAGAAGGGACUGCCCGGAGUACGACCGGAGGUUUGUGGGCUUUGGCUGGAACAAGGUGGCGCAUAUCAUGGAGCUGGACGCACAGGAAUACGAAUUCACCGUGCUGCCCAACGCCUACAUGAUCCACAUGCCUCACGCCCCCAGCUUUGACAUUACCAAGUUCCGUUCCAACAAGCAAUACCGCAUCUGUCUCAAAACCCUGAAGGAGGAGUUUCAGCAGGACAUGUCCCGCCGCUAUGGCUUCGCCGCCCUGAAAUAUCUCACGGCUGAAAACAACAGCUAGCACCACGUUGCCCUCCCCUGGAGAGAGACAUGCUGCAGGAGGAGAGCCACUCACUGUUGGGGGCCCAGCCUUCAGACUCAGUGUUGAGCAAUGCUUUUCCAGUUUGUUUUCACUUGUCUCUUUGGCCCAACAAAGCUGCCCUCACUCCAGCCAUCUGGAAUGAGGUUUCCGCCAGGCCCUCUUUGCCCCACGACCUACCAUUCGCAGA